CCCAGGAAACUAGAUGUUUGUGGCGCUGGACUGCCCUGUGCAUUUCCAGUAACUUUACACAGUAUUGAACUCACUUUAUCUCUGACUUUUUCAAUUUCCUCAUGCUUUGAAUGAAGUCUUACCUUUAAAUGUUCGAGCAGCUUAUAUUUUUUUUCCAGCUGUGACUAAUGAAACCAGUGACAUCAUUAAAUCUGAAAUCUGGACGACAGCUAAAUAAUGUAGUGAACUUACAAAUGGUUAAUCUAAGAUUUCAAAAUUUAAAUCCAUAAGAGUCAGCUCAGUUGUGAGCUUCUGAAUAAUCUGAGCGCCUGAGUUUUUACUUUUCUGUAAAUUCUCAAUGAGCUGAUGACAGUUUUUAAAACUGUCCUUUAAUAAACUUAGUUUUCCUGUAAGCUCUUGAAUGUCCAUAACAUUUCGGGGUACUGAUUCAGACUUACAAAAACUGGGAUCUUUCAUUCGAGACGUAACAUGUUUUAGAUGUAGUUCACUUUCACAGAGCAGAGCCUCCAUGCACUCCUGAACCUGAACAUACAUUUUCCACAAAAAUAAACAAAAAUGGACAAGAGUCUGCUUCUAGACCUGCAGAAAGAGAAGAGCAGAAAAAAAUGGGACACACAACAAUACAUCAAGAGCAAGCUAUCACUGCGUUAACCUGAUGAUGAAAUAUAAAAUCAACAUCGUUUAACUGAACAAUCACACGAUAAUAAAUCACAGUGCAUUUAGUGGCAACGACAGCCUUGAGACAAGUGUUGAACGUGCCCAAGCCCAUAUUUUUGAGAGCACCAUGUGAGCACCUGUGUGUGUACACGCGCUUGUUUAUGUAAGGUUUCUCUAUAGGAGCGUCCAAUAGAGAGUGCGUGUUUUAUUUGGAUGAGUCUGCUUUGUGAAGGUUGUAGUAACAACUUGUGACCACAAGGGGGCGAAAAUAACUUCCAACAAUUGAGUUCUCCUAUCCUGUUUCCAUCCAGAUGACCAAUAACACACAUAUCAAUUAAUUAUAAAGAGUAUAAAUAUCCUCUCUGUUUAUAAUGGUAAUCAGCCCUUUUAUAUAUACUUGAAUGACGUAUAUAUUAAAUGACCCGACUACAAGCAAUUGAAUGCUUAACAAGAAAUUGGUUAGAAAUAAAUUGUUUUCCCCUGAGUUCAUCCAUCUUCAUUUCUAAACUUCUUCAACUGAUCAAACCAAUGCGGAGAAAUAUGUUUGCACCAUAUUUUGAAGCUCUCUCUUAAAACGAAGGCUUGUGUGCUUUUUAAGUGAAAUAAACUUAUUUUUAAAAUACUUGAAUUGACUACAAUCAAAGAUUUGAACUCUGCCCUGCUGCUCAAUUAGCGUCCAAAGCAGAACUCAACUUCCGCCAGUCCUUCACAAUAAGAGUCCCGAAUAUACGUACCUUUAAUUAUUUACUAGUAGAAUGUGAUAUAUAUAUAUAUAUAUAUAUAUAACAUUUAUCUAGGCUUCAUGUUUUAAGUUUUGCUUGUUUUUCUCUUCCUCGCAUCAUUUUAAGAGGGUUGUUCUGUGGUCAUAAUGAUAUGGCUAGUUGAUGUUAGGUUUCGAUUUCAGUAAAGCGAACAGAAACGAAAGCUAGGCAGAUGGGAGGAUGUUUACUGUUGGAUCAGCUGUAGCCCAGGUGCUCAUCUGAUCUGAACCAGGAACAUCAGGUGUGGAUCAACUGAUCUUCUCGAACUCUUCCCAGAUGUUCUGUGGGUAUCUGUCACCGCGGUGGGCAUCUCUGAGACACAUACAGCUCAGAAUGAGAGGCCUAACUAACUACCGUCUGUCCUGCUGUGUGAACUCUAUGCUGCAGACGCUUGCUGCUACCUGGGAACUAGCAGUGAUUCUAGAAAAGUGGCAAGUGGCUGGUUCAGGAGCAGAUGAUUGUAACAUCCCCCUGCAGCUGAAGAAAGUACUCACGGCCAUGCAGAGCGACGCAACUCAACCUGCUCCACAUCGCGACUUCCUCCACUGCCUGGACAGAAACUCCAUCAGAUUAAACAUUCAGCACGACGCAGAUGAGAUUUUCCUCUCCAUUCUGGGCUUAGUUCGGCAGCAGAUGGACGACAGAGUUCUGGCUCUUGAAAUUGAGAAUCUGUACAAGAUCUCAGUGGAGACGCAGCUGCGGUGCUUGGAGUGUGACUUGGUUCAAACUCGGAGCAGCUUCCUGCUCAGCCUGCCUUUACACAUAAAAGAAGAUGAAAACUCUCUGGAAAAUUGCAUGGCUUCGUUUUUUGAGCAUCAGGAGCUGAGGGGGACCAACAGCUGCUAUUGUACACAUUGUGAGACCAGGAACCCAUCCAGACAGGGUCUUAAACUCAACUCCCUGCCUCAAAUCUUGUGCAUCCAGUUGAAACGCUUCAGAAACAGGAGAGGUUCGACCCAAAAACUGGAGUGUACGGUUACUUUCCCAGAGAACGUUGACUUCUCUGAGAUUCUCAUAGAAGCAUUCUCUGCAAGCUUUUCUCAGAAAGAGUGCAAGUACACUCUGUAUGCGGUGGUAGUGCACUGUGGCUGCGCUGCGUUUGGACACUACACUGCUUUUGUACGUCACAAGGUCAACCAGCAGUGGUACUAUGCAGAUGACAGCCAUGUUCAACAGGUGUCAUGGAGAGAGGUGCAGACAGCAUACGGCAGGCUUGACAGAGGCACAGCUUACAUGUUGAUGUACAGAAGAGAUUUGACACAGGAGGGAGAACCGAACCUUUCAGGAUGAGUGGGUGGAUAAACCGGGAGACAUAGGACGAAUGUAUUCAUCAGAUUUUUAAAAAUUAUUCUGAAUCAGUGAACGGUUACAUGUUUGAUGGUGUUAUGGCUUCAGCAUGCGUAAAUUAACACAGCAGUGUGUGUAAAAGACCAACAGGUGGUGGUGAAUGCUUGAAGUAUGAGCUGGUUUUCUCUUAGGACCACACACACACACACACACACACACACACACACACACACACACACACACACACACACACACACACACACACACAUGUCUGUUUUUCUAUCAUAGUGAGGACCCUCCAUUGACUUCCAUUCAUUUUUGUGACUCCACUAUGUCUAACCCAAACCCUAACCUUAACUAAAACUUCAUUCACACCAGACCUCUAAAACCAACUGGUAAGCUUCUAAAAAAAGCGAGGACCAAAAAAAAGUCCUCACAUUGUAGGGAAAAUGGUCUAAAUGGUCUUCAGUAUGUAGUAUGUACAAGAACACACACACACGCGCACACACAAAGGGGUGGGUUUGAAGACCAUGCUUAGCUUACAUAUUUGGGGGAUUUCCAGACAGUUCUGCACAUGUCAUUUUAAAAGGACAAAAAAGUAGGUUUUAAAUAUUAAUUUUAACGAAAACAACUACAAAAGUAUCUAAUAUAUGAACAUAUUUUCUCAUAAAUGAAAGUAAAUAAAAAAGUUAAGUGAAA